AUUCCAAAACCUUAGUUAAUGAUGAUUAAUGGAAAUCUCUUCUUAUUUUCCUUUUUCUAUUGUUUUUCCACUCCACCCACCUCUUCACACAAGUAAAUCUUUCCUUCCUUAUUGGUGCUUUCUCUCUCUUCCAUUUUCUCUCACUUUUCUCAAUCUUCUUUGCAUUCAAUUCAUUACAUUUACAUAUUUUCAUCUAUACAUACAUAAAACCCAGUCCCAGAUUAUAUAUUUCCUCCAUUUCCUUUUAUACCCUUUCUCUCUCUCUCUCUCUCUCUCUCUCUCUCUCUCUCUCUCUCUCUUCUGCAACAUAUUCUAGAGAGAGAGAGAAACAAAUCAUAGAAGGUGGGUAAAAAUGGGGGCUUGUUUUUCUACCUCAAAAGUGUGUGUUGGGAAGCCAUUGAAGAGGUCAAAGAAGAAGGCUCAUAAUACUAGCUCUGUUACUGAUAAUCAUAAGAAGAGAAAAGCAAUUAAAAAUAGAGUUUCUUCUCGUUUGUCUGAUCGUCCUUUAUAUGCUUGUAACAAUAAUACUAAUCAUGUUUUAAAGUCCACUUCUUUCCCAGAUCGCUACACCAGUAAUCCUACCUACCAAGGUGGCGUAGAGGAGGCAUGGUAUGAUUCAAUGAUGAUAUUUGAGUCUGAUGGUGAAGAAGAUUUCCAGAGUGUUCCAGACGAUAUCUUAUCUCAAAAUGGUUUAGCGGUGGGUAGAAAUUCUCAUGAAGCACACUCAGCACGUAAUUCUUUGAGUGAUGUCGGUAGAAAUUCAAUGGAAAUGAGGCACAGCGUAUACCUUGAUGAAAUAUCCUCUUCCGUGGAUGAUAUCACCAGCAAGGAAGAUAAAGUGCUGGAUCAUUGUGGAAUUCUUCCUAAUAAUUGUUUGCCUUGCCUUAAUACUACCACCGCACCUUCAAUUGAGAAGAGAAGAUCAAUCAGCUCUAGUCCACCAAGUGCAAGGAAAAAGGUAGCCUCAAAAUUUUCCUUCAAAUGGAGGGAUGGACCCCCAAAUUCGAGAUUUUCUUCAAAGACACUUCUGCAAAGACCACUUGCAGGGUCUCAAGUGCCUUUUUCGCCUAUAGAAAAGGAAAUCAUGAACAGUUGGUCUAUUAUUGAACCAAAUUCUUUUAGAGUUCGUGGACAGAACUAUUUCAGGGAUAAAAAGAAGGAUUUUGCUCCAAAUUAUGCUGCAUAUUAUCCUUUUGGUGUUGAUCUGUUCUUGUCGCCACGAAAAAUUGAGCAUGUGGCUCGGUUUGUGGAACUUCCUGUACUUAAUUCUUCGGCUGCUGGUUUUCCCCCUAUUCUUAUUGUAAAUGCUCAGGUGCCAUUAUAUCCUGCUGCAUUAUUUCAAAAUGAAGUUGAUGGUGAAGGAAUAAAUAUAGUUAUGUAUUUUAAGAUUAAUGAACAUUUUUCGAAAGAAGUCCCAUCCAACUUCCAAGAAGCUAUAAGGAGAUUGAUGCACGAUGAAGUUGAAAAGGUAAAAGGUUUUCCCAUGGAUAGUAUUGCACCUUUCCGUGAGCGGUUAAAAAUUCUGGGUCGUCUUGGCAACGUGGAUGACCUUCAUUUAAGCGCUGCAGAGAAGAAGCUUAUAAAUGCCUAUAACGAAAAGCCUGUCCUUUCUCGUCCUCAACACGAGUUUUUCUCAGGAGAGAAUUACUUCGAGAUCGAUUUGGAUAUGCACAGAUUUAGUUACAUUUCAAGGAAAGGCUUCGAGGCAUUCCUUGACAGAUUAAAGAUGUGCAUUCUGGAUUUUGGACUCACCAUACAGGGAAAUAAAGCUGAAGAGUUGCCUGAGCAAAUAUUAUGUUGUACACGGUUAAUUGGACUCGAUUAUUCAAACUAUCAGCAAUUAGGGAUGGGUCAAGACCCCUUGUUGAAUUAAUAGGAGUAUAUGCUGCAAAAAAUGUAAGAUUAUUUAUGUGAAAUAAAAAGAAUAGGUCUAGUUUUUGAAAAGUAAAUGUGAUUCUGUGUGUAUAUUAAUGUUUAUAUUUUCAGAUAUCCCAUGAUGAAGGGAGUUUAUAGUCUGAUGCACAUGUACUGUACAUGGAUAACAGGGCCAUUCACAUGCAGAUAUAAAAGUAUAGGAUUAGACAGUGGAAUCUUGCCCCUGCCUGCAAUUA